GACUAGGUAGUAGCUAUUUUCCUGUAAACGUUUCUGUUAUUAUGAACGCAUAUUCUGUAUUGACAGUAUUAACAAUAAUGAUAGUUCCGUUGUUGCUGGGCUUAUUGUCAUUCUAUCUUACCGACGCGUGUGUUAAUGAUAGUAUACCGGGAAUAAACAAAACACAACAGCAUCGUGAACAGUGUAGAGACGAUGAGUUCCUCUGUGGAAGCAACGAAUGCGUACCGUCUAAUGUCAAAUGCGAUAAGAAAUCUGAUUGUAACGAUUCCAGCGAUGAGGCAUUCUGUAAUAUAGAGGAAAAUCAAGAAAACGGUUGCGCAUUACCUGAGCAACCGACAGGUGGACGUUAUAAGUUGGAAGGAUGUGACGAGUUAUGCCGUAAACAGUCUGGCGACAUUGUUCCGCAGCACAGUAUUCUCACUUAUACCUGUAAUGACGGUUACAUGUUGAACAGCAGCAAUACUACUAUUUGUCUCAACAAUAUAUGGGACUAUCAGGUCUCUUGUCUCAAAAUUUGCCCGCCGUUGAACAGCACCAGCGUAGACAUUUCCUGCAACUAUCGAGGAGAAGAGGUGUCUUGUAGCGAGCCUAUACUGCCUGGAACACAAGUCACGCUGGCCUGCAAACAAUUUUAUACAUUACCUUCAAGAAUUGAUCCAGAUUACAGGAUGAUGGAGUGUCUCGAUGAUGGUUCUUGGAAUCGUACCAUUUUUUACUGUAUGCCAGAAUGCGGCAAAUAUAUGGGACACGACGAAAAGCUAAUCGUAAAUGGAGUCGAGGUUAAAUCGGAGGUGUUCCCUUGGCAUGUCCUUAUCUACUUUAAAGAAAAGAACAUGACAUACAUUCAGAUAUGCAGUGGUUCUCUCAUCCGCAACAAUCUCGUCAUCUCAGCGGCUCAUUGCUUCUAUGACGAGGAUUCAAGAAACAUUCAAAAUGCAUCGAGUUUCGUUGUGGCAGCCGGCAAACGUUAUCGCGCCUGGGAUGCCGACGAGCAGUACAGUCAGAAGUCGUUGGUGGAGAGUAUCGAAUUGGACGAUCAGCACUGGGGUGAAUACUUCAUGGACGUAGCUCUAUUAAAGCUGAAAACGCCACUUGAACUAAACAUGCUGGUGCGUCCCAUUUGCAUCGAUCGGGAAUACAAAUUUGGAGAUAUAGUGCUGCAACGGGGACUUGGCAAGAUGGUUGUAUGGAAUAAAAACAUCAACGACCAAUAUAACCAGACUAUGUACGAAGUUGAGAUGCUGUAUAUGCCGAACAAGCAAUGUGUGGCUAAAAGCCCUAUAGAUCUUCGCAACUUUAGUGACAGAAGAUGGGAUAGGUACUGCGCAGGCCGUUUGAACGAUUCAAACGUCUGCAAUGAAGAUGGCGGUAGCGGCCUGUAUGUACAGAUAGAAGAAGUUUGGUAUCUUCAUGGUGUUGUCAGUGACAAAUACGGGAAUAUCGAUCGUUGCGCUUACAAUAACUCAUACGUUGGAUUUACUGGCAUCGGUUACUUCGUCCAUCACAUCGUCGAGAUUCCCGAGACUUAAGAUAGUGCGUAAACGUGUACAAGGACAUCGGUUGUCCGAAGCACGAGAUAUGUAACCGGCAUCAUAUCGAGCUUGCAAUUAUGUGAAAUGAAUGAACGUGACGUAUGAAUGACAUA